AUGCUUCCGCCACUCCCCGACGAAAUCAUUUCCGAAAUCCUCUCUCCGGCCCUGGGAGUCGACGACGACGUUUUCACCCAGUCCACCUCCGGCGCAGCGCCAUUCGCGCGCUUUGCCGAGUCCACCUCCGCAUGCUUGCUCGUAUGCAAGUCCUGGCUCCGAGUGGCCACCCCGCUCCUCUACAACGUAGUUGUCAUACGUUCGAAGGCCCAAGCGAAGGCCCUGGCGGUUGUGCUCACAAACAACGCUCAGCUGGGUACCUUUAUCCGGAAACUGCGUGUGGAGGGAGGUUACGGGGCGCCAAUGCAAACGAUACUCCUUCGGUCGCCCAAUAUCUCCGACUUAUUCCUUUGCUUCAACAUAUUUGGGACGGAUAACACCGACGGUCUAUGCAAAGGACUUGCGCAUAUUAGUCCCAGAAAACUCAUCUUAGACGACGACGGCGAGCGGAAGAACAAACACACAGCCAAGUUGAUGGAUUCACUCAUUCAGGCGAUCCCCCGAUGGCAACGUCUGACCUGCCUUGACCUUGCGCACGUUUAUCCCCUAUUCUCUAGACGCAUUGAUUACAUCCACGACCGGCUCGCCAAGAUCUCGAGACCGAUUAUCGAGGGUGAACGCCUAACCAAACUUCUGGUGUCGCAAUUCCACUCGGCCAAACCCUGCUAUACACACUUCAAAACAUGUCACCUGAAGACCGUUAAAAUUAAAGAGCCUAUCAAGUUGCUUAUGUCGGAAACGUUUGAUGCACGUGUCAUGGAGAUGGAGUCCUUCUUCAAAACUGAAGGUGUAAAACUUCAAUAUGACUCGCAGGACAUCUCCCGAAACGUAUACGAACUUGAAGCGAUGCCCCCUCUCAAUCCCUUCUUUGUACCAAUGGUCGGCACGCCGGUGACCGUUCAGGAAACCAUCUGGUCUAGCGUGUUGCGAUUCGCUUUUGCUUUAGAGCAUGCCCAGGUCUUUCGCCGCAAGCCGAUUGACUUCCUUCUCGUUUGUAAAGUAUUCCUGCGCACCGGAUUACCUCACUUAUAUGAGAGCAUUAGCAUCAACCGGCGUCACACGGCGUGCCAACUGGCCAAGACACUACGCUUAAACCCUCAGUAUGGAGGAUACAUCCGCAACAUCACAUUAGCAAACUCAGUUUAUCUGAUUCGCCGACACACAGUAACACGGAUCGAAUAUGACGGUGCCAUCGACGUUAUACUCACCAAGGCAGCGUCCCUCGUCAAGCUGCUCGUGACAUCGCGAGGCUACCACUCCGACUAUCGCGACUACAACAUGACUCCGAGGAUUGGCGAGCUUGCCGUUGGCUGGUCUCAGGUUGUAGCGCUCUCCUCCGUUGCUACGAGAAGCCUUCGCGAGCUAUCUGUUGAACUCGUCGCUGAUUCAACGCCCCUCACUGGGGUUGCUGUAGUUCUUGCUGAAUUCGGUGAGCUGCGUAGCCUGAGCUUGACGUCUGCUCCUGAGCUCGCUUUCGACCAUUCGGGGGUCGACAACAUGCUUUCAACCUUUCCAAAACUCGAAGACCUAACGAUCCGUGGAGCUGCCCCCAGUUUCUUCACAUUGCUGUCCCAAAUUGUUUUGCCGUCUCUGCGCCGUCUUACACUGGGUCCCAACGUCGCCUGCGAUACUUUUUUGAGAACGCACGGCCAUCGGUUAACCUUCCUCUGCAUCCCUGCCGUACUGUUCCCGGUAGCGAACGGACUGCUUGACCUAUGCUCAAAUCUCGCCGAGCUUUCUGUUGUAUUUAGCUAUCAGGAUAUGGAUAAUUUAAGCGCUACUGUCGGAUAUUUCAACUCAGCGCACCCUCACGAGUGUCUGACAACGAUAAACUUUACGCUGCCUUACAACGCGAUGCUGCGAGCAAGCGGCGUCAACGCUGGUGUAGAUGUGUGGAAUACGUUCUUUGUUAGCUUCACGUCUUCCAUCGUCCCCCGCCUCACGGCCUUGCGCGACAUCACGCUUAGCGACCCCGUUGAGUGGCCCACCACCGAACGAGAGAUUAAUCGAAGUACUUGGGUCAAAAUCGCAGACAUGCUUCUCGGAGCUGGCGUUCAGGUCUCUGAUGGACAAGGCACACGAUGGCGUUCAAGAUUAGGUGCGGCGAAGAACGUUAACGGGAACUUGAAGUCUCGGAAAAGGAAGAAUGCCACAAAAGGAACAGACGACGAGGAUGACUUCUAA